CAAUCCUGGCGGGCAGCUCGGUCUGCGCAAGCGCGCUGCCAGCAGGGCGCUGGGCGGACUCGGUGAGGUGAUUAUUUUGGCACCUGUUGCCGAGGCUCCUCCUCCCUCUCUCCUGCCGGGGCGGAGGCGGACCAGGGGCUGGCCGUUGGCAGCCUCCGCCCCCUCAACCUUCGCGGGGCGCGGGCGGCAGCUUUUUGGUUCACAGCCGGGCAGCGAGAACCGCGGGAAGGGCUCUCCAGCGAGAGACGGACGCCAGGCGUCGUGGCAAGGAAAAGUGACUAGCUCCCCUUCGUUGUCAGCCAGGGACGAGAACAGAGCCACGCUCCCACCCGGCUGCUCACGAUCCCUCGGCGGCGAUGUCGGCCGCCGGUGCCCGAGGCCUGCGGGCCACCUACCACCGGCUCCUCGAUAAAGUGGAGCUGAUGCUGCCCGAGAAAUUGAGGCCGUUGUACAACCAUCCAGCAGGUCCCAGAACAGUUUUUUUCUGGGCUCCAAUUAUGAAAUGGGGGUUGGUGUGUGCUGGAUUGGCUGAUAUGGCCAGACCUGCAGAAAAACUUAGCACAGCUCAAUCUGCUGUUUUGAUGGCUACAGGGUUUAUUUGGUCAAGGUACUCACUUGUAAUUAUUCCAAAAAAUUGGAGUCUGUUUGCUGUUAAUUUCUUUGUGGGGACAGCAGGAGCCUCUCAGCUUUUUCGUAUUUGGAGAUAUAACCAAGAACUAAAAGCUAAAGCACACAAAUAAAAGAGUUCCUGAUCACCUGAACAAUCUAGAUGUGGACAUGACCAUUGGGACCUAGUUUAUUAUUUGGUUAUUGAUAAAGCAAAGCUAACUGUGCAUUUGGAAGGCACAAUAAAACUAACUGCAACUGGUAGCUAGUGCUUGAUUCAAUAGAAAAAUAAAGCAAACUUAAUAACAGUCUCUCUACAUGACUUAAGGAACUUAGCUAUAGAUAUUAGUAACAUUUUUCUACCAUUUGUCCAUAAUAAACCAUACUUGCUCAUAUAUACCCCCUGCCUCCUUCUGUUCCAGUCAGCCAACAUGUGUACAUAAAAGAACACACAAAUAUAAGAAGUUGGAAGAUUAAAUUAUCUGCUUAUUUAGUGUAGGAUGGUCAGGUAGCUAGCUAUAAGUGAAAGGAAAUUUUGCUGAAGAGACUGAGAAAUGGGUAGUGGAAUGACCAUCAAGGUGACCUCAAACUAUUUAAAAACAUUUUAACUUGCCAUGAAGAUUCUUGAUGAUUUUUGUAUAAAUGUUGUAUAAAAUACUUUUACAGCUACAGAUUUUUAAAUAGGAUCAUUGUAAAGAUUAGAUAAUGUUUUAACAUAGUGCCUGGUCUAUGAUAAGUGUUAAAUUUUUCAGUUACCCUCAGUAACUGAUAUAAUGUAGCAGAAAAUACUCUAUAUUCAGACAGACCUGAAUUUGAAUCCCAGCUCUAUGACUUAUGUAUUGUGACUUUUUUUUUUUUUUUUUUUUUUGAGACAGGGUCUUGCUCUGUGGCCCAGGCUGGAGUGCAGUGGCACAGUUUCGGCUCAUUGCAAACCCUACCUCCUGGGCUCAAGCAAUCCUCCUGCCUCGGCCUCCCGAGCAGCUGGGACUACAGGCACACACCACCACACCCAGCUUAUUUUUGUAGAGGUAGGGUUUUGUCAUGUUGCCCAGGCUGGUCUCAAACUCCUGGGCUCAGGUGAUCUGCCCACCUCGUCCUCUCAAAGUGCUGGAAUUACAGGCAUGAGCCACCAUACCCAGCCUAUGCUGUGACUUUAGACAAGUUAGGAAAGUGCCUAGCAGAGUACCUGGGACAUAAGUAGGUUUUCUGUAAAUGUUUGUGACUUUUGGCUCCGUUGUGAGGAGAGACGGAACAUACAUUACUCCACACUACAAAUAACCAUCUCUUUGAUUUGGCUUUCAAUGUGGAGUGCUGAGCUUUUUUUCUAAAAGUGCUAAUAAAGCCAGUCCUCAUUAAAAAUAUAGUCAGAUGACUCAGCAAAGCAAGUUAUUUCAAAAUUUGAAGUAACAAGACAAAACAACUUUUUGAGUAAUACUGUAACCUAUGAAAAUUUGAUAGUUAGCAAUUGAAAACCUUAUACGUUAUCAUUUGUCCCUUAACCAUGGUCUACCAUUGAGGAGAAAAGAUUAGAGAGCUUGACAUAGUCCAAAAUGAAGCGGUUCUGAAGAGUCAAAUUAUUAUUGCUUUCAUUUCAUAAACCACACUGUUAAAUUCAUUUGUGUGUUUGACAUGGGUGUGCACACAUGUAUGUUUUUCCUAGGUUAAGCAUUUAGGAAAAACAUAUUAUGAAAUAUGACAUAGACACAAAAAGUUUAUUAAAAAUUUAUAUG